AUGAUCAUCACAGACAUGAGACCACUGUCAAUGGUUGAGGACGAAGGCUUCACGGCAAUGAUCCGCACCUUUCAUCCAGGUUACACUCUUCCCUCAAGGACACAUUUUACAAAGCUCAUGGGGAAAAUAUAUGAAGAGACUUUCAAGGAAGUGAAGACCGCAAUUAACACAAACAGCAGCAAACUUGCUCUCACUGCUGAUAUAUGGACAAGUGUUGCCAAUGAAGCGUACCUUGGGGUCACCUGCCACUACAUCACAGAGGACUGGGACAUGCAGUCAGUCUGCCUCACCACCAUGCCACUGCAGGAUAGACAUACUGCAUCUAACAUUGCAGAGUGGUUGGAGGAGCUCACCUAUGACAAAUGGGUUAAGAAUUUGUCAGACAGAGAGCUCACUCCAGCCGAGCGGGGGGUCCUUGCCAAAGGACUGAACUUUGCAGUCACACCAGAUGAGUUACCGGUGGUGGACUUGGUGACGGCCACAGAAUCGGCCAUUAGGAACAAUAGGUUGUCAGAGACAGAGGCGGAACAGAUCAGGCUUAAGGUGUCGGCAGCACUCUCCAGCGCCAAGUUACCCCCGUCCAACAUCUCCGCACAGGAGAAACGGGCACUGACAACUCUGCAGAAGGAUCCCAACAUCACAAUCCUACCUGCAGAUAAGGGGAGAUGUACUGUUAUCCUUAACACAGCUGACUAUCACUCAAAGGUCAGCAGCCUCCUAUGUGACUCAGCAACUUAUGAGACCCUAAAACGAGACCCCACCAACACCUACAAACUCAAAGUGGUUAACUGCCUGCAAAAACUGGAGAAAAGUCAGAUCAUCGACCGGGCCCUGUACUACAAACUCUAUCCAGGCGAUGCUAUCCCUUGCAUAUACGGGCUGCCAAAAAUUCACAAAGAGGGCGCCCCUCUGAGACCAAUUGUAAGCAGCAUCAACUCUGUGACAUACAACAUUGCUAAGUAUCUUGCCACCAUCCUUUCCCCAUUGGUGGGGGACACCCCCCACCACAUAAGGAACUCGAUGGACUUUACAAACAAGGUCAGAAAAAUCAGCUUAGACCCUGAGGAAACUAUGGUUUCAUAUGACGUGACUUCGCUUUUUACUUGCAUUCCCACUGGAGAUGCAAUACAGACAGUAAAGAGAAAACUGCUGCUUGACAACUCUCUGUCUGAGAGGACCAACCUCUCCCCCGAACAGGUGUGUGACCUCCUUAACCUUUGCCUCAGCACCACUUAUUUCCAGUACAACAAUGGUUUCUACAGGCAAAAACACGGCUGUGCCAUGGGAUCUCCUGUAUCCCCCAUUGUAGCUAACCUGUACAUGGAAGAAAUGGAGAUUGUGGCACUGAGAACAUUCAGUGGCCACUCCCCGAGGCACUGGUUCAGAUAUGUGGAUGACACAUGGGUCACCAUCAGGAAGGGUGAGGUCGAACCUUUCACAGAACACCUCAACUCGGUGGAUAAAAACAUCAAGUUCACAAGAGAGGAUGUCCAAGACAACUGUCUGGCGUUUCUAGAUUGCGUGGUACGCAUUGAAACCAAUGGGGAACUCAACAUUGAGGUCUACAGAAAACCCACUCACACAGACCAGUACCUCCUGUUUGAUUCACACCACCCACUAGAACACAAGUUGGGGGUGAUCCGUACCUUAAAGCACAGAGCACAGAACAUCCCAUCAGAAGCGGAUGGAAAAAGAAGGGAACACAAACAUAUUCACUCUGCUCUUCAAACUUGUGGCUAUCCAAACUGGGCUUUUAUCAAAACAGCAAAAAAGCGCAGGGAGGAUAAGAAAGACGAGGACCACAAAAAGAGAAACAACAUUGUCAUCCCCUAUGUGGCAGGAAUUUCAGAGAAACUCAGGAGGAUCUUUAACACCCACCAGAUCCCAGUACACUUCAAGCCCAGCAACACUCUGAGGCAAAAGCUGGUCCAUCCCAAGGACAAAAUUCCAAGGGAGAAACAGAGCAAUGUGGUGUACGCAGUGCAGUGCAAUGAGGAAUGCUCUGACCUGUACAUUGGAGAGACUAAGCAGCCAUUACACAAGCGCAUGGCACAACACAGGAGGGCCACGACCACAGGCCAGGACUCAGCAGUCCACCUCCACCUCAAGGAGAAGGGGCACUCCUUUGAUGACCACAAGGUGCGCAUUCUAGCCAGAGAGGACAGAUGGUUUGAGAGAGGGGUAAAAGAAGCCAUUCAUGUCAAACUAGAACGGCCAUCUUUGAACAGAGGAGGGGGCCUCAGACACCACUUGUCUCCCACUUACAACGCCGUUCUUAGAGCCCUCCCAAGGAGGUGCAGCCAUCUGUCCCACUUGCAGUCAGGUGACCCCCAACCACCCUCCUAGAGGGCUGGGAGGGGUAACGACCGCCCAUCAAAGGCUAACGACUCACAUUAACACCUAACGAGUCUGUUGGUUUCGGGUCUUUGUCCACUUGUUUUUGCCACCACCCUCCUGGUGGAUAAAUAUCUGGUACUCCCCACCAGGCUUUCAGAACUGAAGAAGCCUCUUGGAUGAGAGGUGAAACGUUUUCGACUCACACGAGGUUAGUCCAGUUGCCAUAACUUAUGCUUGCUUGAGACUUAUCAUGACCUGGAUGACUGAGAACAUCCACAGAUUUAGCUCACUAGAAAAACUACGCAGACUCAAAGCUGAAGAGCAACUAAGCUCACUAAAAAUGACAGGGUCUCAGGUAACGUUAACUAAACAACACUAAUACUUCAACCUGGCUCGUGCUGGGGACGGACUGCUGACUAGAGAGGGGGGUAACAGGCUGAGGACAGGAGUUGAAGGUAGAGGCAGCGAAGGUAGAGGCAGCGACGGCAGAAUCAAAUCCAGGCUGAAGACAGAGGUUGGGUGGAGGGAAUUCCGGUGUCCUCUUGAAAACAGUUGUGGUUGGUGAGUCCGGGGAGGGGCAAAUGGUUCGGCCACAGGAGCGGAUGAGGUUCCAACUAAAAGAGCGGAAACAAAGUUACCAGAAGGUUCAACUUAGGAUUGGCAAGAGUGAACAAACGGCAGAACUAACUGUGUGCAUUCACAAUCCGGCGUCCAAGUGGUGACUGGCGUCUGAAUAUAUGGAGAUCAGGCGAUCUGAUUGGCUAUUGUUCUUUUAGGGAGGAGCAUGUUUGUAGUUUUUUUCUUGUGUCUUAUUUGUUGUUUUCAUGUGGGUUUGAUGCGUUUUGGUGAAACGAUCGAUCAGUUUUCUUAUUGAUGAAUUGUCUGCUCACUUUAUCCUGCUGGUGUCUGUAUUAUAGUGUGAAGCUACGUGCACACACGCUCGUGCACGCUCAGUGUUUAUCCGUCAUAUUUCACGGCGGUUCUUCAUCCUCGGCCGAGCGACAUCGGCGUCGGCGUCAUCUCUGGGCCGGGUAGCGGCAAGGAGGCAGCCGGCUGGAAAGAAUCCAAGUUUACACAACGGAGAGGCGGAGAAAUUAAAGAUGAUUUUUUAUAUUUUCUUUAUCUGGAGGAGAAUUCAUUACCUGGCAGAGGAGCAGAGCUGAGCGCUGUCAGCCAAGAAUAAUGACUUGUCUAACUGAUAGCACACACACACACACAGAGUAACACAACAACAUCCAGCCUCAGUUUCAUUCAGACAAACACAACAGGUUUCAGGCUGCUGUUGGUUUUUACUGAUUUUCAAACCGAGCAGCAGAACCAGCAGCUUCACAUCAGACAGCAGAAAAACACAAAACAGUGCUUAGGUUCAAUUUAAUGAGCACAUUUCAGAGGAGCAACUGAGAGCUUUAACUCCUCUGCAGCAUUUUUUAAUCCUCAUUUGUUGGAGGACAAUGCAAAAAAUAUUUAAAGCUGCAAUAAUUAAAUCUUUCAGACAAAAAGGGAAAAAAAUUGUAUUAUUAUUGGUCUGUAUGAGAGGAAAACACAAAGAACAAAUGAUGUUUAGCAACCAAAACAAGGAGCUGAAGGAAGUUAAAAUGCUGCAAGAGAAACAAAAUGACCACAGAGACGCAAAACAACCACAAAACGACCACAAAGGGACACAAAACAAUCACAAAAUGACACAAAACCCCUACAAAAAGACAAAAACCCCAAAAAGACAGAAAACGAC